GCUAACCGAUUAGCUCCACCUCUCUGCUUUUACCUGUCCAGGUGGGCCUCGUUUGUUUGUUUUAUUGAUUUUUACGUGACGCCUGUUAUUUCCAGCAGCGCGCGGCGCAGUCAUUAAAAUCAGGUGACUCGGAAGUGAAGAGAGCGUCAGCAGCUCACCUGUGCGCAGGUAAAAAGCCAGAGUGAAGGAAGGAAGGAAGGAACAAGAAAGAGCAAAAAAGAGCAAAAUGAAUAAUCCCAUCCCGACCAAUCUGAAGUCGGAGGCAAAGAAAGCUGCAAAGAUCCUGAGAGAGUUCACGGAGAUCUCCAACAGGAAUGGACCUGACAAACUCAUCCCCCCUCAUGUGAUAGCGAAGGCGGAGGGUCUGGCCAUCAUCUCCGUCAUCAAGGCUGGCUUCAUGAUCACAGCCAGAGGAGGCAGUGGCAUUGUCAUCGCUAGGCUGGCCGACAGACGCUGGUCAGCGCCUUCGGCCAUCGGUAUCGCUGGCCUGGGAGGAGGCUUUGAGAUUGGUGUGGAGGUUUCGGACCUGGUCAUCAUCCUGAACCAGCGCAGGGCCAUUGAAGCGUUCACCAAGGGUGGGAACCUGACUCUGGGUGGGAACUGCACUGUUGCUGUGGGACCUAUGGGCAGAAACGUGGAGGCUGAUGUGGCUUUACGCAGCACCGCGGCAAUCUUCACCUACUGCAGAUCCAGAGGUUUGUUUGCCGGUAUUUCUCUGGAGGGAUCCUACCUGAUGGAACGCAAAGACGCCAACCGCAAGUUCUACUCCCAAGAUAUCCGUGCUUCGGCCAUUUUGAAUGGCGAUGUGGAGCCUCCACCAGAGUGCUACGACCUCUACCACAUCCUGGACGAAUACAGCGAGGCCUACACCACUGACUGGACCAACAAGAACAUGCGUACAAAGUCUGUUCCUCCAUCCAGACCUCCAGCUCCACCUGCGCAGAGAGCGGCACCCAUUUACCAGGAACCAGCACCCACUUACUAUGAUCCAGCACCCAUUUACCAGGAACCAGCACCCAGUUACCAGCCACCGGCAGCCAGCUCUGGUACAAGAAGUAAAAAUGCCCUCUACCCAAGCAUCUCUGUCUACAAAUCUGAAACCUCGAGUAGGGCAGCAUCAGGGGGCGGGGCCAGCGGCCAGCUGGUGGUGACGGCCACCCAUCCAUUCACAGGGCAGCAGGCCGGCGACCUGAGCUUUGUUCCUGGCGACAGAAUCACUGUCAUCACGAAGACCGAGUCCCAGUACGACUGGUGGGAGGGACAAAUGGAAGAUGGGCGGGUCGGUAUCUUCCCCGCCAACUUUGUCUCAUAUUGACCGCUGCCCCCUGAUGGCCUGGUGGAAGAACUGCAGCUGGAUGACAGUUUCUACAGGACAAAUAAUUUAGGGUUUGGGGAGACAUUUUUGAAGAAAUUUAAUCUCUAGCUAUUAUGACCGUCAGUUGUUUAAGGUCCUUUUUUUUUGUCAACCAAACAUUUGAGAGUUUUCUGCUAUUCCUGCUCUUACCUUGCAUAAAACUGAACAUGUUAGGGUUUAUCUGACAAAACAAGAUAUCUGAUGACACCACCUUGUUCCCAGGUAUAUGUUGACAUUUACUGAUAAUUUGACAAAAUAGGUGGCAGAUUAGUCAUUUUAUUUACGAGUCUUAUUUCCUAGUUGUUGUUUUUUUUUAAUCUUAUGUUAAAAACGGUACAAAAAGCUGGUUAAAAAGCUUCAGUUGUGCUCAAAUAGAUCAUAGAAAUACAAAGUUUAUAUUUCCACACUUUAAUAAUUGAGCUGUCAGUGUUCAGUGCCUUAAACCUUAAAACUCUUAAUAAUUAUGAAUUAAAAAUCUUAAUUUUUGGCACAUCUGCUCUGUAGUGCUGAGUUCAGUGAACCACAGAGCAAUGGGAAUGGCAAUGCCAUCUGACACUUUUUAAUGGUUUUUAGAUGCAUUUUUUACAUUAUUGUGGAGGUGGUGCUUGGCUAAUCUUGAGCAAAUGCAACAACAUCUACUCAAAACUGAAUGUUUU